AGGAAAUCGAGCGUCUUCUUCGUUCAAGUUCGGAUCCCUUCCCAGCUGUUCCUGUGGUCCCAUGAGGACAAACGGCUGAACUUUUGAGGCACCCACUGAGUGGGGAUGAGGCACUUGUGCGGACAAAUGGAUCUUAACUAAGAAAGACUGUUGGUCCAAAUCCUCUUUAUCCAUGGAAUUCGUCCCCACCUUCUCACCAGCAAUCCUAGAGACCCUAAGCAACAUUUCAAACCUGUGCAACUAUACGAGUUGCUCCCACUUUUUGCUCCCGCUCAACGACACAUUCCUCAAUGAAUCCCUGCUCAACUCCACCAACUCAACAAAUCCGGGGAGCAACUCUGGUGUGGCCGGGGUCCUCAUUCCACUCAUUUACACCGUCGUCUGCAUCAUUGGGCUGGGAGGCAAUACUUUAGUCAUCCACAUCGUUCUUCAUUACUCCAAAACCGAGUCGGUGACCAACAUCUACAUCCUAAACCUAGCAAUCGCCGACGAGCUGUUCAUGCUGGGCCUGCCAUUCCUGGCAGUCCAGAAUGCCCUUCAGUCCUGGCCCUUUGGCUCGUUUAUGUGCAGACUAGUGAUGACAGUGGACGCAAUCAACCAGUUCACCAGCAUUUUCUGCCUAACGGUCAUGAGCAUCGAUCGCUACCUGGCUGUUGUUCACCCCAUCCGCUCAUCCAAGUGGCGGCGCCCACAGGUAGCCAAGACAGUCAAUGGCACUGUAUGGGCAGUAUCCUUCAUGGUGGUCCUGCCUGUGGUCAUCUUUGCAAACGUCCACAAAGUUACUAAAGGGGGGAUCUGCAACAUUAUUUGGCCUCAGCCAGAAAACAUCUGGAAGGCAGCUUUCAUCAUCUACACAUCAACCGUAGGAUUCUUCUGCCCCCUUCUCGUGAUUUGCCUCUGUUACCUGCUCAUUGUAAUCAAGAUACGUAGCUCAGGCAAAAAAGUCCACGCUACGUCCAACAAACGCAGGAAGUCCGAACGCAGGGUCACCUGGAUGGUUGUCAUCGUGGUCGCAGUGUUUGUAUUUUGCUGGCUCCCGUUUUACGCCUUAAACAUCAUAAACUUGAUUGUGCGUCUCCCGGAGGAGCCCCAGGGCCUGUUCUACUUCGUGGUGGUCCUGUCUUAUGCAAACAGCUGCGCGAACCCUAUUGUAUACGGGUUCCUCUCCGAAAACUUCAAGCGAGGCUUCCGGAAAGCUUUGUGCCGGUCUUCUCGGAAGGUGGAGAGCCAAGAGCAGACAGACCGCCAGCAGCAGCAGCAGGAGGAGACGAGGAGGGUGCUGAAGCCUAGAGACAGCCUGCGACGGGUGAUAAGGGGGGGAGAGGAUGAGGAAGAUGACGAUGGUAAAGACGUGACAGAGAUGAGUGAGAUCUGCAGGAUUUCGCAGAAUGGCAAUGGACAGCAGGAGAGUUCCCAGCCUCUGUUUGUCGAAAGGGCGAAAGCAGAAGGUGUCCUCGAAGCAUUCUCACCAGAUCAUAAGGUCAAGGCAGGGGAGGCAAGUGGAAAAUGCCCAGGCUCCGGGCCUGUGACUGCCAUCCCUUCGCUCCUCAAUGGUACCAAAAACGGCAGCAUCAAACCACUACCUGAGGAAUCGGUGGAGAAGAACACUUUGCUGGAGAUCAGUUAUUUGUAAAUUAUAAA